AUGGCUAUUGGCUUCAGUUAUAUAAGAAAGAAAGGAAGCCUACAUAGCCCUAAGAGAGAACUAGCAGACUCCCCUCACCUUGUUCUGCUAACCUUUUACCUCUCUUCUAAGACAUGCUUAAGGGCAACUCAGAGAACAGAAUUUCAAGCCCAGGGGCUCUCUGGCUCCCGGGGAUGAAAAUGGAAGGCUUUGAAGUGGCUCCUCCAUCGGCGAGAGCGCGAGAGAUAGCCAGGAGCCGAGAAGAGCUCCUCGGUCUCUUGCGAGACCUCCCGGAGUCGGAGUACGAGCUCUCGCUGACCGACCUCGUGGAGAAAGGAUCGGUUGCUAAUAAUUCAGCUGCGAAAGCUAAGAAUUCGCUGGAAGGAGAAUGCAACCGAGCAUCAUCUGCUAAGGAGAGGAAGAAGAGAAGGAAUAGCAGGGGCAGUUGUGGCAGCAGCAGUGAUGGAGUGCUUCUGAAUUUCUAUGUGCCGACUUCCUUGACCCGGAGCCUCACCGCACCAAGAUCAAGCCGAGUGGUGGCUCAUGGUCGUGGGGACAUGACAGACUGCAACAAGAGGGACAGGGAACCCACCACGUUCGGAUGUUGGUCGGCUCUCUGGGAGAGACGGCGAGGCAAGUCCAGGAGACAGGUGUUGGAAAGAACGAGAUGAGACGAGAUCCCUUCCCUCUGGAACUCUUGAUUGCUGUCUGGGCUUCUUGUGUUGAUCCCAUGGGGCCUUUGGUUGGGGUUGGCAAUUAACCUUGCUAUGGCUUGACCUCUCAUGACUUCCUCUGUCCUUGCGAUGUAAAUUAUGAUUUCUAGCUCAAUUAGGAUGGACUGGCCGAGAACUUCGUCAGCUUGGUUAUAUAUUUUGUUUUACGCUAAUGUCGAGCACCCGAGAUGCACACAGGAGUAAUCAUGGAUGGCUGUGAUAUUCUAUCUGAUCAAAUUUUUUAUUAUUUAUUUGAUUUGAUAAGAAA